GAAAGAAAAAAAUAUAUAUUGUGUGGACGUAACUUUGUUUGAGACAGUGAAUGGUGGAGCAUAGGGACAGUAAUUUUGUCGUUUGCAAUAUUUUCCACAAAAUCUCACUAUAUUUUCCAGGAAACAUCCAUGGAGUUUAGAGUCGUCAACGAUCUAUAUCUUCAGUCACACAAAUCGUUUCAACUACAAAAAUUACACUAAACCCGUGUGAUUCUUCAACUCUCUAGAGAUUUCUCAUCCUUUCAUGUAUCGGUGAGAUUUUCCAACUAUUUUUAAGUUUUGCUUAAGGUUUUAUCACUGUGGAAUCGAAUUGAUUGGACUGGCUCUUGAUGAUUAUGCUGAUAUUGAUGCUUUGAUUAGUGUUUUGAGCUCAUUUCUUGAUUAUGUGUUCUUGAUUUUAUAUUAAUUUCUUGAUUCAUCGAUAAUCAAAGUUCUCAUGGGUUCUGUAAUGAGCUUGGGCUGUUCCAAGAGGAAAGCAACGAGUCAGGAUGUUGAUUCCGAAUCUCGUAAAAGACGAAAGAUAUGCUCAACAAACGAUGCUGAGAAUUGCAGAUUCAUUCAGGAUGAGUCAUCUUGGAAACAUCCAUGGAGUUUAUGUGUCAACGUGGCAGCCGCAGCUUUUACAAAAUUCAGAUUCCAACAAGACAACAAAUAUACUAAAUCUUCUGCUUUAUCUCUUCCAUCUCCUCCAACUUCAGUGUCUCGAAUCUGGAAACACCACGUCUUCCCGAGCUUCCACGGGGCAGAUGUUCGAAAAACCAUUCUUAGUCACAUCCUCGAAUCGUUCAGAAGAAAGGGAAUUGACCCAUUUAUUGAUAAUAAUAUAGAGAGGAGUAAGUCGAUCGGUCAUGAGCUCAAAGAAGCUAUCAAAGGAUCAAAGAUCGCGAUCGUCUUGCUCUCAAAGAACUAUGCUUCUUCAUCUUGGUGCCUUGAUGAAUUAGCAGAAAUCAUGAAGUGUAGGGAAUUGUUGGGUCAGAUAGUCAUGACUAUUUUCUAUGAAGUGGAUCCAACUGACAUAAAGAAACAGACCGGUGAAUUUGGAAAAGCCUUCACAAAAACAUGUAAAGGUAAAACAAAAGAGUAUGUUGAGAGAUGGAGAAAAGCUUUGGAGGAUGUGGCCACAAUCGCCGGAGAACAUUCUCGCAACUGGAGGAAUGAAGCAGACAUGAUUGAGAAAAUAGCCACUGAUGUUUCAAACAUGUUAAAUAGUUUCACACCAUCAAGAGAUUUCGACGGGUUAGUAGGGAUGAGAGCUCAUAUGGAUAUGCUGGAACAAUUGUUGCGCCUAGAUUUGGAUGAAGUAAGGAUGAUCGGGAUUUGGGGACCGCCUGGGAUUGGUAAGACAACUAUCGCCAGAUUUCUGUUUAAUCAAGUCUCCGACAGAUUCCAACUUAGUGCCAUCAUUGUGAAUAUCAGAGGAAUCUAUCCAAGACCUUGUUUCGAUGAGUACAGUGCACAAUUGCAACUACAAAACCAAAUGUUGUCCCAGAUGAUCAAUCAUAAAGAUAUCAUGAUUUCUCAUUUAGGAGUGGCUCAAGAACGGUUGAGAGACAAGAAAGUGUUUCUUGUUCUCGAUGAAGUGGAUCAAUUAGGACAACUAGAUGCCUUGGCGAAAGAAACUCGAUGGUUUGGUCCUGGAAGUCGGAUUAUUAUCACAACAGAAGAUCUAGGAGUUUUGAAGGCUCAUGGGAUAAAUCAUGUUUACAAAGUGAAAUAUCCAUCAAAUGACGAGGCUUUUCAAAUCUUCUGUAUGAAUGCCUUUGGUCAGAAACAACCACAUGAAGGUUUCGAUGAGAUUGCAUGGGAAGUUAUGGCUUUAGCUGGUGAACUCCCUUUGGGAUUGAAGGUUCUAGGCUCUGCUUUGCGGGGGAAGUCCAAGCCAGAGUGGGAAAGAACACUACCAAGGUUAAAAACUAGCCUCGACGGAAAUAUCGGGAGCAUUAUACAGUUCAGUUACGAUGGCUUAUGUGACGAAGAUAAAUAUCUCCUUCUUUAUAUAGCCUGCCUUUUUAACUACGAAUCAACAACCAAAGUGGAAGAGGUUCUUGCAAACAAGUUCUUGGAUGUGAAACAAGGUCUUCACGUAUUAGCUCAGAAAUCUCUCAUAUCCAUUGAUGAGAAUUCCUUAUAUGGAGACACAAUAAAUAUGCAUACUUUGCUCAGACAAUUCGGAAGAGAAACUUCUCGUAAGCAAUUCGUUUAUCAUGGCUUUACGAAACGUCAGCUUUUGGUUGGUGAAAGGGAUAUAUGUGAAGUACUUAGUGACGAUACAAUAGAUAGUAGGCGUUUUAUAGGGAUAACUUUCGAUUUAUUUGGGACUCAGGAUUAUUUGAAUAUAAGUGAGAAAGCUCUUGAAAGAAUGAAUGAUUUUGAAUUCGUUAGAAUCAAUGCUCUCAUUCCAACUGAGAGACUGCAGUUAGCACUACAAGAUUUGAUUUGUCAUUCUCCAAAGAUUAGAUCACUGAAGUGGUAUAGUUACCAGAAUAUAUGUUUGCCUUCUACUUUUAAUCCGGAGUUUCUCGUCGAACUACAUAUGAGUUUCAGCAAGCUUCGGAAGCUAUGGGAAGGAACUAAACAACUUAGAAAUCUCAAGUGGAUGGAUUUGAGUAAUUCUGAAGACUUGAAAGAGCUUCCCAAUCUUUCAACUGCAACUAAUCUCGAAGAAUUGAAGCUUAGAGAUUGCUCAAGUUUAGUGGAGCUCCCCUCCUCUAUUGAAAAACUCACCAGUCUCCAGAGAUUAUAUCUCCAAAGGUGCUCAAGUCUUGUGGAGCUUCCCUCUUUUGGGAAUGCAACUAAACUUGAGGAACUAUAUCUUGAAAAUUGUUCGAGUCUUGAGAAGCUCCCACCAUCUAUCAAUGCCAAUAAUCUUCAGCAAUUGUCUCUAAUAAAUUGUUCACGUGUUGUGGAGCUCCCCGCUAUCGAGAAUGCGACUAAUCUCCAGAAACUAGAUCUUGGAAAUUGCUCAAGUCUAAUAGAGCUCCCUCUUUCUAUUGGAACUGCCACAAAUCUGAAGGAAUUGAAUAUUAGCGGAUGCUCAAGUCUCGUGAAACUCCCAUCCUCAAUUGGAGAUAUCACUAAUCUCAAAGAGUUUGAUCUAUCUAACUGCUCAAAUCUGGUGGAGCUUCCAAUCAACAUCAACUUGAAAUUUCUCGAUACACUUAAUCUCGCAGGUUGCUCGCAGUUGAAAAGUUUUCCUGAGAUCUCCACAAAGAUCUUCACAGAUUGCUAUCAGAGAAUGUCUCGUUUACGUGAUCUUAGAAUCAACAACUGCAAUAAUCUGGUAUCACUCCCCCAACUUCCAGACUCCCUUGCUUACUUAUAUGCAGAUAAUUGUAAGUCCCUCGAGAGACUGGAUUGUUGCUUUAACAAUCCAGAGAUUAGUCUCAAUUUCCCCAAAUGCUUCAAACUGAAUCAAGAGGCCAGAGAUCUCAUCAUGCACACAACUUGUAUAAAUGCGACGUUACCCGGGACACAAGUGCCUGCCUGCUUCAAUCACAGAGCUACUUCUGGGGAUUCAUUGAAAAUCAAGUUGAAGGAGUCGUCUCUUCCUACAACCUUGAGAUUUAAGGCUUGUAUCAUGCUUGUUAAGGUUAAUGAAGAAAUGAGUUCUGAUCUGAAAUCGAUGAUUUUUGAUCCGAUGCGUGUAGACAUUGUCAUCAGGGACGAACAGAAUGAUCUCAAAGUUCAGUGUACACCAAGCUAUCAUUUUAUAAAUUAUUUUAUCAUUUCAACAGAGCAUAUAUACACAUUUGAACUUGAAGUAGAGGAGGUGACUUCCACGGAGCUUGUCUUUGAGUUCAUACUAGACAAGGAAAGCAAUUGGAAACGAAAUUGGAAGAUAGGAGAAUGCGGGAUACUCCAAAGAGAAACGAGAUCACUUCGCCGGAGCUCUUCGCCGGAUCUCUCGCCGGAAUCUUCUCGUGUUUCUAGCUACGACCACUGUUUGAGAGGUAAGAAUCAUGGGUUUGAUUUCUCCUUGAGUCAUUCGAUGGAUUCGAUUAUUGGUUUUAUUUUGUGUGAAUGGGAAUUAGCUGUGAAAUAUGGGUUUUGUAUGGAUUUUAUGAGUUUUGUAUUUGUCGUGUAUUUAGAAAGAUGAAACAUUGAUGUUCAAAGCUUGCUAUUUUUUUAUCUGUAUAGAUAGCUCCGAAGGAUUAUCUUAAAGAUGAAACAUUGAUGUUCAAAGCUUGCUAUUUUUUGUCUCGUUCAAUAUCUCUACAGUGUGUUUUUUGUUUUGUCUUUUGCUAUUUAUCUAACCAAAUGCUUUGAAUUGGUUUUUGUGAAAGUGAUUGGGAUCAUCAAUAAGACUUAAGUUUAGCCACGAAAGUCGUGUAAAGCUAAUGUAGUUAUAUAAUGCUUGAUUGAUGGAUAUCUCUAUUUUGCUGGUUUAGGGUUU